UUCAAAUCUUUUGAUUCUUUCUUCCAUUGCUUUUUGUCAUUGAAGAGUUUCAUUAUCAGAAAAGAAAAAAGAAAAAGAACACAAUUCAUAAGUUUCUUUCUUUCUUUUCUCUACUAAGUUAUUAUAAACAUGAAACUCUUCACAUCAUCAUCAUCAUCACCUUCAUCUUCAUCGACUUUUAGUUUCGACCCGACAUUUUGCAGCUCGAAAACUAUAGCUGCAGGGUGUUUCACAACCAUUUUUCAUAGGAUUAGAGAGUUUCAUUCAAAGUUCACAAGUGAAAAAGUUCAAAAGAUCAAAACUAACACUAUAUCUAUAUCUAAUAGUACUAUAAUUUCUUCUUCGCCGUCUUCGUCUUCGUCUUGUAUAGUUGCAAGGUUAAUGGGUUUGGAUUCAAUGGCGGAGAAUAAGAUAGAGACAUGUUCUGAAUCAACACAAAGUUCAAAAGUUCAGUAUGUAUCACAAGGCUUUCAUUUGCUUGAAAAUGAGAACUUUUUGGUGUUUAGCUUUGAGAGUGGAAGUGAGAGUAGAAAAUUGAAGUCCAGAGGGAGGAGAAAAGAAAAGGGUUGUGUUGAUUUGAAGAAGAGGAGAGAAGAGAGAAAUGAGGUGAAGAAAAAAAUGGUGAAUGAUGAUGAGUUUCAGUUUGAGAAGAGUUUGUUUAAGGAAGUUGGUAAUGGUGAGAAAGUGAAGAAGAGAAAGAAAGGAAAAACAUGUUUUGUGGAAAAUAAGGUUGAGAGUGAAUGUGGUUCGGAAGAUUCUAGUCCUGUUUCUGUGUUUGAUUUUGAAUAUGAUGUUUCUGGAACAGAUGGAGAUCUUUGUGAUGUUGCUAUGAGUUGGAGAAGAAAAUUGUCACCAGUGCUUGAAAAUGAUCAGCUCUAUAUUCAACAUUCUGAUAGUAACUUGAUGAAUGAAGAGAUGGAAGUUGAGGAAAUUGAGAGCAAUAUGCAUGAAGGAUCAAAGAAAAAAGAGAGACAAAUCCAUGAAUGUGUAGAUAUUUGGAGUAAAAUUUGCAGGCUUGUUGAAGAUGAAUUGGUUGGAUCAAAUGGAUUACAAGAAGUAAAGAGGAAACAAAGUGAUUUUGAUGGUUUAAGUGCUGAUUUAGAGAUGGAGAUUUUAGAUGAUUUGUUAGAUGAGCUUAUAGAUCAAUUUGAUACUUGUUUGUAACUUUUUUUUUAAGUAGAAAUUAGAUAUCUGAUGCGCGCAACUACUUAAACUAAUUUCUCGAACCAGAAAGAAUCAUGAUGGACGGCAAAGUUUUCAGAGAAACCUUCUGUUAAACUCGAAAAAAUAUUUUACCAUCUUAUCCAAGUGAUAUUAGUAGCGUGUUUAGAAACGCGGUAGAAACAGUGUCAGACGUGCGUUUGGCCAGAAACUCUAAUUUGUAGCUUCACAACUCCACGGUAUAAGUGCUUUGAAAAAGUAUCAGAAGUGUGUAUACAAAACUAGAAGCUAAUCUAAACUUGCAAAUUUAGAAUAUGUAAAACAAGCUAAUUAAUG